AUGGCCCGGACGUACAGGUCGCUCCUGGGAAGGACAGGUGAACCAGAGGAGAUUAAGCUGGUCGAUGGGCAGACAGAAUGCGAGGGAAGACUAAUGGUGAAGCACCGGGGGGAGUGGGGCUCAGUGUGUGGCUAUUACUGGGGUGUCUUCGAAGCCACCGUGGCCUGUAGACAGCUGGGAUGUGGCAGCCUACAGGAAGACGGCGUGCAAGCCAAGGCGGCCAACUUCGGAGCCGGCUCUGGGAGGAUCUGGCUAAGCCAUGUCAAAUGCACCGGAAGAGAGUCAUCUCCGGCCAAGUGUCACCACCGGAUGUGGGGGGUCGAGGGAUGCGGGCACAAGGAUGAUGUCGGCGUGGUCUGCGAGGACAAGAACACCGGACUGAGCAGCCAAUUCAGACUUGUGAAUGGCAGUCAGCGCUGUUCGGGAAGAGUAGAGAUGAUCUCCGCUGGUGAAUGGGGAGCGGUGUGCGGAGAACGCUGGGACUUGAGGGGUGCCAACGUCUUAUGCAGACAGUUGCAUUGUGGUACGGCCGUGUCGGUCCCCCAUGGUGGCUAUUUUGGAGAGAAGCACCCGGUAUGGAGAGACGCAUUCUACUGUAAAGGCACAGAGCCCGACCUCAAGCAGUGCACAAGGACAGCUCUGGGGAACCAUAAGUGUCCAACCUGGGAUACAGCAGGUGUCAUAUGUACAGGAAAGGCAGAGACCCUCCGUUUAGUUGAUGGCCCAGAUCACUGUGAAGGCAGAGUGGAGGUCCUACACAACAAGACCUGGGGUCGUGUGCUGGGCCAUCAGUGGGACAUGACAGAGGCAGAAGUGGUGUGCAGGCAGCUACACUGCGGAGACGCUAUUGGGUCAUUCAGGCUGAAGGAACCCGCGGCUGGCCCUGUAACGUGGCACAGUGUCACUUGUGAAGGAAGCGAGAAGCACAUUGAGGAUUGUUCUGUCACCAUAGAUGGUUCUUCAGUGGCUUCCACCAACCCAGCCACCGAUGUCGGUGCCAUCUGCUCAGCAGCAGAAGAGUGUAGAAAUGUCCGUCUGGUGGACAGCUUGCACCGGUGUGCCGGCCGGGUGGAGGUCUACCGGAAGGGUGAGUGGGGUGUGAUCAUCGGUGAUACCUGGAACCUGGUGAACGGUGAAGUGAUCUGCAGGGAGCUGCAUUGCUGCGGACGCAUCUUAAAGGUAGAAGGACAGUCUGUACGCGGAACCAGGGCACUGUGGCUGAGCAGAUUUAACUGUGCUGGGAAGGAAACUGACCUGUGGCAAUGUCUGUACACCUCGUGGGGUGCUUCCACCUCGGAGGAGAAGGAAGCUGCAAGAGUUGUCUGCUCAGAAUUCACCGAUUUGCGAUUGGUGGGCGGGGCUCGUGAAUGCCAAGGCCGCCUGGAGGUCUUCUAUAAUGGAAGCUGGGGUUCUGUCUGCAGUAAUCUGAUGAGCAGCCAUGCGGUCUCUGUAAUCUGCCAGCAGCUGAAUUGCGGGACCAGCGGGCAGCUGGAGAAUCCCUUUACGUAUGGCUCCGGUGGCGCCCCCUACUGGCUGGACCUUAUAGACUGCCGCAGCCGAGAUGGUUCUCUGGGCGAAUGCCCGUCGGCACCCUGGGGAGAGAAUGAGUGCGGCGCCGGUGAAGUGGCUCAGAUCACAUGUGAAAAAACCUAAGGAGGCGAC